GCCCAGAAAGACCAAAAGUUGAUAGCGGAUUUGAAAGAGAUUUUGGAGAAGAUAUUCUUAAACAAAUAAAUAAAGUUCUUUUAUUCAUGACAGAAUUACCAGAAAAAGAAAAUGAUGCACUUGCGGCUUUACAAUCUUUAAUUUACGAGGGUCCACCUGAAG